AUGGACACGACAGUACGUUCAGCUUUGAAGCUUGAAGACUUGUACCUCAUGCAAUCCCCCACAAUCAACCAACAGAUACAGUUGCAGGAGCAUAGUGUCCCUGUCUGGCCCAUGCAACUCCGGCAAUACACGCAGAUAACAAUGCCGGACGUCAUUCCACAUCACGACUAUAACAUCGAGGCCAUGCAGACUGAUUGGGCUCAGUCUCAAACGCACGGUGAUUGGGAAGAGUUGGACCAUCCAUCAGGAGCUAUAUACCACUAUAAUGCGAAAAUGGAAACAUACGCGGAAAUUAAUAUGACAGAAUUUUCAGAUGCACAGCUCCAGAGGCUCGAGUCGUGGAUCAAGGCAUCAAGAUCCAAACUAAAUGGCAGGAAAUGGUUGCUAGUAGUCGAGCCACUCCGAAUGAGAGGAAUAGACAUCUAUACAUACUACUACGUGGUUCCGGAGAGAAGGAUCAUUGCCUGGCUAGAACAGGUGGAUGGCUAUAUUCUUUUCCAGGAAUGUAUGACAGCGCGGCACUGGAACCAUAAAAGACUCGAACUGGAGGCUCAAUACUGGAAACACAUUGAGUACUUUCCCCAUGGGAUCGACAUACCUCUCCAGGACAUCAGAACUUUGCGCAUCUGA